GGCGGGCGGCGCCGCGCCGAGCCGAGCCGGCAUGUGCGAGACCUACUCGCGGUGGCUGCUGCGGGUGUCGGUGGCGCAGAUUUGCCAGGCGCUGGGCUGGGACUCGGUGCAGGUCUCGGCCUGCGAUCUCCUCACCGACGUGCUGCAGCGGUACCUGCAGGGGCUGGGCCGGGGCUGCCACCGCUACUGCGAGCUCUAUGGCCGCACAGAUCCAAUUUUGGACGAUGUAGGUGAUGCCUUCAAGCUUAUGGGGGUUAACCUGCAUGAGCUAGAAGAUUAUAUACACAAUAUUGAACCUGUCACAUUCGCACACCAAAUCCCUUCGUUUCCCGUCAGCAAGAACAAUGUCCUGCAGUUUCCCCAGCCGGGAAGUAAAGAUGCGGAAGAAAGGAAGGAGUACAUCCCUGAUUAUAUGCCUCCUAUUGUCUCCUCUCAAGAAGACCUGGACCUGGACCUGGACCUGGACCUGGACCUGGACCUGGACCUGGACCUGGACCCUGUCACCAACCCCACCACCCUGCUGGCUCUUGUGGAGUCGACAAAGCUCCUUGUAACUACCGAGCAUUUGAUGCUGAAAAAGGGCCCUCACCCCAGGACUCAGAGCUCGGACAGCGAGUGCAAUCAGCUUCGAAUCCGGCCGCAUUUGCCAACUGCACGAGAAAUGUGCAAGCUUUGCUACACGUCACUUUCAUCCAGCAGAAUCCCAUCACGUGUGGGAUGGUCUCGGGCUUUCAAAAAGGAACAGAGGAUGGAUGGUGUUCACAUCUGGACAUUUCUCGCUUACGGUUAA